CUUCCUAACAUCCAAUCCCAAUUAUACCUACCAAGUAACUAGAGUCUAGAGGCCUACCUUCCGAUCUUCCAUGGUUCAAACCAACCCGACCUGGACCCGACAGUACUUUAUCCAUGAACCAUGAUCCAAUACACACGGAAAACCCGUCUGAGAUACGAUCAAGUCUUCAAGUCUGUGCUACGAUUUGCUUCGCAACUACGCGGUGGGCUGCACUUCCUUCACCUCCUUAAACCCUACAAACAAAACUUCCCGAGGGUGCUGUUCGGCUUUACCGAUUGAAAUGUUCAAAAAGUUUACUUCAGAAGAGGUAUCCGGGCAAAAUCAAGUCAAAGCUUCUGUUCAACGAAGAAUUCGACAAAGUAUUGCAGAUGAGUACCCAGGACUAGAACUAGUUAUGGAUGAUCUGCUUCCAAAGAAAUCCCCUCUCAUUGUCGCUAAAUGUCAAAACCAUCUGAAUCUGGUUGUGGUGAACAACGUCCCACUUUUUUUCAACAUACGUGAUGGACCAUAUAUGCCUACACUACGUCUCCUUCAUCAAUAUCCAACUAUAAUGAAGAAACUACAAGUAGACAGGGGGGCAAUAAAAUAUGUCCUUGCUGGUGCUAAUAUUAUGUGUCCUGGCCUUACGUCUCCUGGAGGUAUCUUGGAUGAGGAAGUGGGUGCAGAAACUCCUGUGGCUAUAAUGGCAGAAGGAAAGGAACAUGCGCUUGCUAUUGGAUUUACAAAAAUGUCAGCGAAAGAUAUAAAGGCAAUUAACAAGGGCAUUGGUGUGGAUAACAUGCAUUACCUUAAUGAUGGCCUCUGGAAGAUGCAACGUCUAGAUUGAGCAUAUGAAUUGAUACUGUUUUUGCGAUAUCAAGACAAACGACAUCACUUAUCUCAUGUCCUUUGAUAUCUUUUUUUUUUUUUUCAUGUAAGUUUUAGUCAUCUCAAAGGGCAUUUUCAUGACUUGUUUGCUGUUUUGUAUCCGUGUAUUUUGGAAUGCAUUAUUGUUAUAUCUUUUUCUAUAAGGCUAAAAAUUGCGAAUCUCUUUUAACUUUUUUGGUGCGGGUUAUCUUUGUUUGUUGUGUUUAAUGAUUCCUGAAAAUAUUUCUUUGUUUUUUAGUGUCAGUCCUUUAUGUUUUAAGAUAUGCAACUCAGUGACGAUUCUAUAUUCUGUAUGGAAGGAUUAUUGAAGUCCCAAAUGUAAAAAAGGUUAAUUUGGUAGAAUUAUGUCAUUUUAGGGAAUUGACAAAAUUAACCUUUGUCAAGGCUCAAG